AUGGCAUCCGGACCAGUCCUGGGCGCCCUGAGACCACUCGCUGCUCUCACCCUCUGCAGACGCCCCACACGCUCAGUCCUGGACACACUGCCCCCCUCUCUUGCCUCCACCCCUCUGCGGACUCUGCAGCUCCGCGGCCCCGGCGCGGGGAUAGGGAGGGCACGGGCGCGGGCCGGGCCUCAGGGGACUUGCCCAGCCCACACCAGGUCGCGCACCGGCGAUUUCUCCCGUAGAACAAAGAAGGAAAUAGAGGGACUGAGAAGGGUGGGACUCGAACCCAAGUCUCCCACUCAUCUCACCCCACCCCACCCCCCCCACCCCACCCCUCCACUCCACUCCACUCCACACAUCCCAUCCAGCCAGCCUUUUCUGCCUGCUGGUGCCUCGGCCGCUGUCCGAGCCCCGCCCCGCGGGCUCGCACGUGGCCCCCGCCUGACCCGGCGCCCCGGGGCGGAGUAG